UAAAUAAGAAUUGAUUAUGAAUUAGUCGAGCUCGUUCGUUCAUUGUUUCGUCCAUGUGUUUACCUCUGAUUUUUCAGUUCGACCGUUAAGUAUGGGAAAUUAUUUUUCAAAAUUUUUGACCAAUACGCCAUCUUUCCACGCGCUAGAAAAAUCAUUUCCGAACACAACAAAUAAUAAUAACCGUCGCCAAAGAUAAACAUCGCAUCAGUCGCGCGAAGUACACAUCGAAAUUUUGACAGCCAGAGUCAGUCGUGUUCGCGCGAAAAUUCCCCGACGAAAACAGAUCCCAAGGUAAAAAAAAGUAUGUUCCCGAGCAGAAAGAAGUCGGAGGACAAGGUGGAUGAGAUCACCGCCACUCGGAUGCAGCAGCUCCAGUCGCAGCUCGAGUUCUGCCAGAAGGAGAUCGACUCGUUCGAUCGCUACGUCAACCAGGAGGUGACGACCCGGCCCGAGGAGAACAGCGCCGAGUUCAUACGCAUACAGCUGAGGCUGCGUCACGCCCAGUACGUGCUCGAGAGGAUCCUGGAGACUCACGUCAGGCUGAGCGGACUGGCCGGCAGCAGCGGCAGCGGCGGCGGCGGUAGCAGCGGCAGCGACGAGCAGCGCCAGCAGGAGGAGGCACUGAAGACUUCCGAGGCACUGAAGGCGACGAGAGAGCAGCUGAUGAGGGCGGGACGAGUCGCCGGCAAUCUGCUGCAGCCCUUCGCCCCGGACGAGGUGUAAUGAUGAUCGAGGAGGAGUCGAGCGAAUUGUGCGAGUGGUCGUCGGAGAAAGAAUGAAUCUGUACAGCGAUGUCGGAUAAGAAACGAUGAGGAGCCGCUCAUACUUUCGAUAAAAUCUUUGAAUUAUACUUGAUUUAAAAAUAAUAUUAGCUACGCGAGAGUUCUAUACUUUGCAGGAGAAAUUAGAGCUAAAGAACUCAAUGAAAAGUAAUUGUAUAAAUUUGGCCGAUACUGAUAAAUUUCACAGCGGCUUCUGUAAAGAUUUUUGUCAAUAACAAAAUUUGUAAAAUUUGA